GUACAGUCUGAUACACGAGGCCUCCACUGAAGCUGCACUGCUCACUGCGCUCUGUUAGCAUUAGCAACAUUAGCCACAUUAGCCACAGUGCUAACUGCGUCUCUCGUCGCUCCACUGUGUUUAGAACGGGACAGAAUUAGCGGUUAGCUUAGCUCAUCAUGGCGGCUGUUCGGAGCCUGCAGGUUUGUGUGAAACCUGAAAAUGGGUCUGACCGCUCCGACUCGGACUCGGAGUCGGACUCGGAUGGCCCCGUUCGUGAAGCGGAGCCUAUGGAGGUGGAGGAGGGGGAGCUGGAGGAUAUUUCUGUGCGCCGCAGUCUGAAGGAACUGUUGCCGGAUACGAGCCGGAGAUAUGAAAACAAGGCAGGUGCUUUUAUCACAGGCAUCGAUGUAACAUCAAAGGAAGCAAUUGAGAAGAAGGAGAAGAGAGCAAGGCGGUUUCAUUUUCGUGCAGAGGAAAAUCUCACUCAGAGAAAUGUCGUUCUCGACAGAGAGCUUAUGAAAAAAUCGAUCUCUAAGGUCCGUCUAGAGGCCUUGCACCUAAGCGGUUUGGAUGACAUGAGCACUCAAGAUGUCUUUAACUACUUUAAAGAGUAUCCGCCAGCCCACAUUGAGUGGAUCGACGACACAUCGUGUAAUGUUGUCUGGUUGGAUGACAUCACUUCUACUAGGGCCCUCAUUAACAUGAGCCGUAUGCCUGAAAACAAAGACUCUAACUCUGCUUCUUCUGAAUCCACUGAGCCGACAGUCCAAGCAGAGAGAGCUGGGCGAAACCAUGCCUCUGACGAUGAGGAGGAGGAAGGAGAGGUUGACGAUGAUGACGAGGUAGUAAAGGUUGGCAAAAGCAGUGAGGACAGCGAAGGAAAAGCCAGUGACAGUGAGGAAGAGACAGAGAAAAAAACACCACAGGAAAAUUCUGAGACAAACCUACUGUCUCAGGCUGAGCAGGAGUCUCUGCUCCGGAAUGACUUGCGUUUUACAACCAAAAGCUUUAAAGGCAACCAACUGUUUUUGCGCUUUGCCACCCAGGAUGAUAGAAAGGAAUUGGGUGCUGCAAGACGAAGUCGGUAUUAUAUGAAAUAUGGCAAUCCAAAUUAUGGGGGCAUGAAGGGUAUCCUAAGUAAUUCUUGGAAACGGCGGUAUCACACAAAAAGAAUCCAGCGUGAUGUUAUAAAGACAAAGAAGUCAUUAAUUGGAGACAGUAUGGGACACACUCCACCUUACACACACAGACAUUCAGCUGAUCUGGUGAAUCUACCAGAGGAGCCUAUAGAAGAAGAGGAGGAAGAGGAGGAGGAUGGCGAGGAAGACAUGGAUGCUGAUGAUAGAGUUGUGGAGUACAGAGAUCGGGGCGAACGGGAGAGAGGAUCACAACAGAGGGAAGGGGGGGUCCACAGCCGGUUAGGGGGCUCGUUUUCAGCAUCUUCUGAUUCGGAUGAAAUGGAUUAUGACCUAGAGUUAAAGAUGAUCUCAACACCUUCACCAAAAAAGAGCAUGAAGAUGACCAUGUAUGCAGAUGAGGUUGAAAGUAACCUCAAAAGUAUCCGAAAUUCCAUUCGUGGUGACUCGGGUUCAUCCAGCAGCAGCAGCGUACAGAGUCGCAUCGGUGGUGGCGUAACCAAACCUACCUCAGAAAAGGUGACUGAUGUCCGGCAGUUAUUGGAGGAGAAAAGACAGGGUGUUUCACAUCAGAGAACACGGCCCUCUGUGACCUCCGGUGGAAAGACGGAUGUAAGACAGAGGUUGGGAAAAAGGCUGCAUUCACCAGAAAGACGCCGAUCUGUGUCUCCUGUAGCUUCUAGAAACACAGCUCCCCGCAGAGAACCUCUGACUGACGUUCACAGCAGAUUGGGUGCCGCUAAGCCUGAAUCACGGGGCCUCUAUCCAGAGCCAUCCAAGGACACAAAGUCUGGUGGUCUAUGGAGUCGACUAGGACCCUCCGAUAAAGAAUGCGGUUCCAAGCUUUCCAGCCAAAAAGGCAACAGUGUGUCCUCACAAGGGAGCAGGAACAGGGAUGAGGUGGACAAUGAUGGAGUCAAUGAUUAUGGUAAUGAUAAUAAUAAUAAUGAUGAUGAUAAUGAUUCUCAGUUGCAAAAAAUGUGGGGGGCCAUGAUCAAGCAGAAAGAGCAGCAGUCCAGCAAAAUGAAGAAAAGCCGGCUAGAUAACCUGCCGUCGCUGCAGAUUGAGAUCAGCCGGGACAGCAGCAAUGGCUCUGACAGUGAUUCCUGAGUUGGAGAAAGAGACUGAUACAAGCGAAAAUGCGCCACUGAAUGUGGAGUAGAUGAUGCACGACUGACUUCCAAGUACAUGUCUUCACUCUGCAGCUUCAGUCCAUGCACCUAGAUCCUGCAAACAUCCUUUCCUGCUCUUGGAACACUUAACAGACAUGUCCCUUGCCAAAAAAGAGGGAAUACUAAUUUUAUGGGUCAGUGAAAAAGCAACGCUGUAUGUUUUUUAAAAAGGAAAUAUUAUUGGCUGUGGUGUGUUACGUGCCACUUGUUUUAUGGUGAUGCACCGUUAUCGGAACCAGAGAUUAUUAUUUGAUGUAGCAGUUUUUUUGUUUAUAACAUGUCAGUGAGAACUGAUUGUUUUGCUGAAAUUGAUCAUCUAUAACAUAGGAAGAGUUGCCAGGUUGUUGAGGAGAUGCUAGGCCUGUCACAAUUAGAAUUUCGUCUCACAACUAAAUUGGCUUUUCUUUUAAUUGAACAUGAGUUAAAUGACCAAAUACUAAUUUGCUCGAUUCACAAAAUAGUUACAUGUAUUGUAGCUCAUUGCCUUGCUGACAAUAAUAAUUAAAAUAUGGUUGCAAUAUUGCAUCUAUUUUAUUAACUGCUGUCAGCCGAAUUAUUUGCAAUUAAACAAUUGUGACACGCCUGGGAAAUGCUUAGAUUCUGCAAUUUUUCUGGGUGCACACCAUAAACAGUAAAGCAGUAAAAGCAUAAAUGCAGUCCUGAAAGGUGUACGGUCAACUGAAUUUUGUGGGUUAAAUACCUUUGUUUAUAUGGACAUUUGACGACAUCUAGAAAAUGCAUUGACUUGAGGGUUUUUUUACUUUUGUGUUUGCAGGCGAGUUUAAUUUCCCACGGCACUCAUAAAAAUAACAAAAUAAACAAAAAUAGUAAAGGCACUCAUGACUGUAACUACUUUGCCACGUAUCAAGUUCAGUAUAAUGUUAAUCAGGAUGCAACCCGGAAUUCUCGUAGGUUAUAGGUGUUUGUGUUAGCACUAACAUUCAGGUUUGGGGGAGAGCAGAUAGCCAUAAUUGGUUAUUGGCUAAAGCAUAAUUACGUCAGGGUGCUUUUGUUUAAAAAAUUAACCCUAGUAUAGUUUUUAAAAAUUGAAUGUCUGUAAUCUUAUUACGGUCAUUAAAAUCAAUGCAUAGUUGAAAGAUGCUAAAAAUGUCCUUGUAAAUGCAGUUUGUCUUAAGUUUAACUAGAUCACAAAAACAGUUCACUGUCAAUACAACAGUGCUUAAGAGCUGCACACCACUACAAAAUUAUCAUGACACAAAUGAAUACAAUAGAAAUGCUUUUUUUAUACAGUCAGAUUAUGACAAUGAUUUAAUCAAGUUAUUUUACAAGUGUGUGUGUGCAUUUUAAUUUUUGUUUUGUUUUGCCACGCCACUGACAUGUACAUGCAAGAAUUAAGAAUGAAUGCUUAUGUAGUACUGAUUACGUCUAACUCAAAAUGUUUGUUAAUGUGAACGGCAACGGACUUUGAAUUAGCUUUGUGUUGUAGCCCUCUGGUGCACCAAAGUCCACUUUAAUGAUGAGUUCAUUGUUGCACUCUCUAAAUCUAGUAUUUAAUCAGUGAAGUUAAGUGUGAGAGCAUGGACAUCAUCAAAUUAAUGAUGGACGUUUGACCUUCAGGACUGCAGUUAUGCACAUGAAUCAGUGCUGUAUUGCAGGUGGUCCACACUACUGUAGCUAAUACGUAUUAUGUUCACUUGCAUAAAAAUGUGAUCUGCAUUCUUAUCAUGGUUGGUGAGUUCAAUAACAACCAAAAGUAUGUUGUAUGUGCAAAUAAACAUCUUUUUUACAUAA